GUUGAGAAUCGACUGUCGGUAGGAACGAACGCGAAUUCGGAGGAAAAACACGCCAAAGGUUGAGUUAGUGAUAUACGUUGAUCUUGCGUAUCGGGAGGAAGUGAAGUGAGGCGUAUACUGGAGAACACAAGAAUGUUGCGUUCGAGACCGCAGAACAUGUGGAUUCUGCCAUUAGUGAUGCUUAGCUGUGGCCUGUUGGUGGUUCGCUGCCAAAGUCAAGGAAUAUCAGUAAUCGGGCCACAAUUCAUAUAUCCCAACACGGACCUAAUGGUUGCUGUUACCAACUAUAUGCCAUCACAAAGUGUUCGUCUGCAACUGGAGCUUCGUGGAGCCGGCGACGGUUCCGAUGACGAAAACGUCAUCAGCCAACGGGUGAACCUAUUCGUCCAAGGAAAGCAAGCAAAAAAUGCCAAAUUCACGAUUGGAGACAUACCGGAUGGAGAAUACUCCUUGAAAGUAGAAAGCUUGAAACAAGAUUUCUUUUUCGAGGAAACAAUCGAGCUACUGUACAGAAACAAGCAAAACACAAUAUUGAUACAAAUGGACAAACCUGUAUACAAACCGGGUGAUAAAAUCCGGUUGCGGGUCAUAGUAGUAGACCGCGAAACAAGACCAGUGAAAAAUUUAAAGCACAUUCAAGUGGAACUGAAUGACGAAGAGGAAAAUUCAAUUAGAAGGUGGCCCUUUGGUCAGCUGUACAACGGUGUUUUUGAGACAGAAGUACAAAUAGCGUCAGACCCAACUCUUGGAAAAUGGAAACUAUCAGUACAAGCUGGAGAAAACACCGCCGAAAAGAUCAUCCAUGUGAAGGAAUACAUUUUACCAAAGUUUUAUUUAAAAGCAUAUGCUCCAGAGACAUUACUCAUAGAAAACAAGAAUGUAAAGCUUACUAUUGAAGCGACUUAUACAUUCGGUAAACCAGUGGACGGAACAGCCAAAGUUGACCUGUGUUUGCAAGAAGAAUGUAAAAAACCUGACUACACAACAACAGCUGAUAUCACAGGUUCAACCACUGUGGAGUUCACUUUAAAUGAAGAACUUGAGCUGGACGAUGAGAUGACCUACAAAGAUAUUUACGCCAAUAUAACUGUCAUGGAAACAUUUACCAAUCGCACAGUAAAUAUCGUACAGCCCAUUCGAGUCUACCAGUUCCCGUAUGACAUUACUCUGGAAAAACAUGAACCCCUCAUCCGGCCAGGGUUUUCAUAUUCCUUCGAAGUAUUGGUCCGAGAUUGGUUCGGGAAGCCGGUAUCAGAUGGAAAUCAAAUCGAUGUUGAACUGCAUUUUGAGGGUAAAGAUUUCGAGAGAAAAAAUGAAGUAACCAAGAAGCUUGACAAGCGGGGUAAGGCUUUAAUAACUCUGGAUCCACCGAGCGCCGCAAACCUGUUAACUGUUAAGACAACCUUCAAAGAACGAAACUAUGACCCUUCAAUCAUCAGUACUGCCAGUUCGAAAAGUGAACAAUACCUCCGUGUUACUUUGAAUCCUAAGUUCAGGGUGCGUGUCAACAAGAAAGUACAAUUCGAGGUGACCUGUACCAAGGCAAUGACGAUGUUUUCGUACGUGAUAGUGUCCAAAGGCAAAAUUGUAGAUGCCAAUGCGAUCAAUAAUGUCAACGCCAAAAAGAAACAGUUCUAUGUGGACCUACUGCCCAGCAUGGUUCCUAAGGCUCGUAUCAUAGUUUCAUACAUUUCCGGCGGCUAUUUACUCUUCGAUGAGCAAGAGCUUAUUUUUGAAAACUUCAACAACAAUUUCCAAUUCUUGACCGAUUACGAGCAGUACGAACCCGGGCAAGAUAUUGAUCUGUGGACGAAUGCCACCCGUGAUUCGUACAUAACGUUCCAGGCGAUCGACCAGAGUGCUCUCUUACUCGGAAAUGAGGGUCAUGACAUUACUAAAGAAGAUCUGCUCAAGGAUUUGGACCUGUACGAAGCGACCGAAGAGAACGAGUUUGACCCCUUCAAGACCAUGGGACUUUUUGUUAAAACUACUGCUGCUGUUGAUUUUGCAUAUUCGAGAAAUUCCCUCAAUCGCCAAGGACAAUUUUUCAAACGUAAAAUGAACGUCAUUCAUAUAAGGACACAAUUUCCCGAGUCGUGGUUAUGGAUAAAUUAUACCAUGGACGGAAGAACGGAUUCAAAAUCGAUAAGGGACACCGUACCGGACACUAUUACCUCCUGGUUCAUCUCCGGUUUCGCACUCAGCCCUACGCUCGGGAUGGGAUUCAUGAACCAACCCACGAAAAUAACAGUCAAACAGCCAUUCUACAUCGUGGCUAAUCUGCCAUACUCCAUCAAACGCGAUGAGGUCGCACUGAUCCAAGUGACAGUUUUCAAUUUUCUUGGAAAUAAUUUAACGACGGAUGUUACACUCUACAGUAAACAGGGUGAAAUAGAGUUUGUCGAUAAGUCCGACGAUGAUGAAACCAGACGUACCAAGGCCGUCAUCUCCCCUACCAACAAUGGCAAGCCCGCCUACUUCUUGAUAAAAGCCAAAAAAAUUGGCGAAAUUGCUAUUAAAAUCGAAGCUACUAAUCUACUCUCGUCCGACUCACUGGAGCAUAUGCUUCGAGUAACGCCAGAAAGUCACAUGCACGAACGCAAUCUGGCUCGGUUUGUCGAACUGGAUAAUCGCGGUUUCCAAGAGUUUGAACUUACUGCUAGUAUACCGAAGGACAUCGACGACGGAUCGGCCAAGAUUAUGUUCACUUUGGAUGCGGACAUUUUCGGACAGGCCAUCAAGAACCUAGAUUCGUUGAUUCGGCUACCUACGGGAUGCGGAGAACAAAGUAUGGUUAACUUUGUGCCCAACGCAGUUAUUCUAGACUACCUCUCCGAAACGGGAACCAUCAAUGAAGAGGUUAAGAUGAAAGCAAUCAAUUUUUUGUCAAGCGGUUACCAAAAUCAGCUAAAAUACAAGCGCUCUGAUGGAUCAUUCAGCGUUUGGGGAGGAUCCGAUGCACAGGGAAGUACAUUCCUGACAGCUUUUGUAGCGAAAUCAUUCAAAAUUGCUGAUAAAUACAUCAACAUUGAUAAAAGUUUGGUAAUGGAUGCUUUCCGCUGGCUUGCCGGAAUUCAAAAACCGGAUGGCCGAUUUGACGAAGUUGGCAGAAUGAUUCAUUCUGACAUGCAGGGUGGACUGCGAACGUCUAGUUAUGCGCUUACAUCGUUUGUCUUGAUAGCCUUUUUGGAGGUCGCAGAUGCCAGAGCACAACAUAAACAAGUUGUUAGUAGAACGCUCACCUAUUUGGCAAACAACCUUGCCAACAUUGAAGAUGUUUACGAUUUGUCGAUGGCGACUUAUGCACUUCAUCUUGGAACGCACAAAUCGAGGAAGUUGUUCAUGGAUAAGCUGGUAGAAAAAGCGAAAUUUGAUAACGCUACGUCAACACGGUAUUGGGAUCGGAGUCCAGUCGAAAUAGAAGUAGCAGGUUACGCUCUGCUGUCGUACAUCCAAGCCGGUUUAUUGGCAGAUGCAAGUUCCAUCAUGAAAUGGUUGAAUACCCAACGAUAUGGACUGGGAGGCUUUCCCGGAACACAAGAUACAUUCGUUGGCCUGAAAGCCUUAGCUAAAUACGCUGCCAAAACUUCAGCUCAUAAAAAUGAUUAUCGAGUCAUAAUUCGCCAUGAGCCAAAUAAGCGGUAUACCUUCGAUGUCGAUAAACGUAGAUCAUUUGUCACACAAGUGCAGGAACUACCGGGUAACGUUCGCAACUAUCAUGUUCGUGUCGAAGGAAUUGGACACGGUUUUUUCCAAAUAGCCUAUCAAUACUACCUGAAUGUCGAGAAUACCAAACCGAGCUUUGAUUUAGACGUGACAGUUAUGAACACCACAACAUAUGAUGUGCAAAAUUUACACAUUUGCGUGAGUUAUAAACCAUCUCAAGCGUAUGAGCGAUCGAGCAUGGCUAUUGUAGAGGUUUUCUUCCCUAGCGGAAUGCUUGCCGAGGAAGAUUCAGUGCGAGAUUUUUACGGCACCAUCAGGAAAACCGAAUUGCGUUUUGCGGCCACCAAUGUUGUUGUGUACUUUGAUAACAUGGGCACCGAAAAAAAUUGUUUCCAAGUUACAUCCUACCGGAAGUAUAAGGUGGCAAUGCACAGACCAGCAAACGUUUUGGUCUACGACUAUUACAAUCGAAAGCGUUCAGCGAUUAAGCAGUACGAAGGAAAGCUGGUGGAACUUUGCGAUAUUUGUGAGGAUGAAGACUGCGAAACCUUAUCUUGCCAAUCGAGUUGAAUAAAAUAACCCGCUCUAGUCGCGAAAGACAAAUGUACUCUCACUUUAAACCAA